AUGAAUUCGCCGCAGUUUGUUUCGUCGAGGAGGAUGAGUGUGUAUGAUCCUAUCCAUCAGAUUAAUAUGUGGGGAGAAGGGUAUAGAAGUAAUGGGAAUUUAAGCGCGUCCAUGCCGUUGAUCGAUGAGGCGGAUUUGAAAUUCGAUAGUAGUCAGUCAGAGGAUGCUUCUCAUAGUAUACUUGGAACAUCUAACAAGUAUGAUCAAGAAGCUAGUAGGCCUAUUGAUAAGAUACAAAGGCGUCUUGCACAGAAUCGAGAGGCUGCUCGCAAGAGCCGGUUGCGGAAAAAGGCUUAUGUGCAACAGUUAGAAUCAAGUCGGUUGAAGUUGGUGCAGUUGGAGCAAGAGCUCGAACGAGUAAGACAGCAGGGAAUGUAUAUGGGUGGCGGGUUGGAUUCGAAUAAUAUGUGUUUUGUUGGACCGAUGAAUUCAGGAAUUGCAGCCUUUGAGAUGGAGUAUGGACAUUGGGUUGAGGAGCAAAACCGGCAAAUCUCAGAAAUGAGAAUUGCUUUAAACGCGCAUAUUAGUGACAUAGAGCUCAGGAUUCUGGUAGAUGGUAUGAUGAACCAUUAUACUGAAAUCUAUCGCAUGAAAUCCGCGGCUGCAAAAGCAGAUGUUUUUUAUGUCAUGUCCGGCAUGUGGAAAACGACAGCCGAAAGAUUUUUCUUGUGGAUCGGUGGCUUUCGCCCUUCUGAGCUUCUCAAGGUUCUUGGUCCAAUGAUUGAACCAUUGACAGAGCAACAACGGUUGGAUAUCGAUAACCUUGGACAAUCGUGUCAACAAGCGGAAGACGCCCUUUCGCAAGGCAUGGAGAAACUCCGGCAAACACUCGCUGAUAGCGUAGCAGCUGGACAAUUCAUGGAAGGAACUUAUAUUCCACAAAUGGCUUCUGCAAUGGAGAGGUUAGACGCUCUCGUAAGCUUUGUGAAUCAGGCCGACCAUCUUCGGCAGGAAACCUUACAGCAAAUGUCGCGAAUACUUACAAUCCGUCAGUCAGCUCGUUGUUUGCUGGCUUUGGGAGAAUAUUUCCAACGCCUGAGGGCUUUGAGCUCACUAUGGUCUAAUCGACCACGCGAACCAGCUUAG